CAUCUCUAUCCCAAUAGAAGUGUUUUUUUUUGGCUGCGCGUGUGUGGAGUUUUGGGAGCAGCCUGAGGAACAGCCAGAACGCAGCUUCAGUCCGAGAUCGGCGCAAUGUCCAAAAACCUGGAGCCGCGGGUGGUGGACCUGGGCGUGGCGUGCCUGGUCUGCCUGGCAGAGGAGCCCGAGGCCAGCUCGAUUUAUGGCCACGACCCGGAGUCUCCUCAUAUGCUCAUUCUGGACAAGAUCCGCUGCUGCACCGGCCUGCAGCUGGAUAGCAGCCCGGCGCAGCUGCAGCGCUGGCCGGACAAGAUCUGCAAGCAGUGCCAUCUGGAGUUGUCUGUCUCUUAUCGCUUUCACGAGAAGUGCGCCGCCGUCCAGAAGCUAUUUCACUCCGCUGGCUGCGCUACCCCGACCUCCACCGCCGCCACUGUUGCUGCUUCUGCCCCGCUGCUGGUCGAUAAGCAGCAGGAGCAGCUUAAGCUUGAUCUGGAACAGGCCCAAGUCCGGCUGCCUGCAACACUGAAAAUUAAGCGACUAAACGUGGAACCCUGCUCUUCCAGUUCAGUAAGCAGCGCAAUUACUACCACCACGGAGCCCUCCUACUACGAGGAUGUCAAGGAGGAGACGGAGGCGGACGCCCUUUCCCUGAUACCGGAGGGAGCCAUGGUUUUAUCCUUGAAUGACUUGCAACAGCAGGAUCCUAUUACUCAGCAGCCAGAAGAAGACUCUGAAGAGCAGCAGGAUGAGGAGGGGCAGGACAAGAUGCUGGGACUGGAUCCCUGGGAUGACGAAAACACUCCGGAGCACCUGUACGAGAUCGAGACGCCGCUCAUGGAGGAGUCUGUGGUGGACAGCCCACCGUUACCGCCGCCGCCUCAGUCUACCAACCAGUUGAGAAAGCGCUCCUACCGUCGCGUUUCGCCUAUUGUCAAGCGGGAAAGACUGACGGUGGACGUGGACGACGAUUACAAGCCCGCUUCUGCGACCAAACGCCGCAACUCUGAACGCUCGCCAAAGAUCUGCGAUGUGUGCGGCAAUACGUACAAGUACCAGCACGCGCUAAAUGCCCAUAUGCGGCGUCACAACAACGAGCGGCCGUAUCCCUGCGAGGUGUGCCAGAAGGCGUUCAUCUCGAACGUUGAGCUGCGUCGCCACAUGCGCGUCCAUACCGGCCAGAAGCCCUACAGCUGCCGCUACUGCGAGCGUCGUUUCUCGGACUUCGGCAGCAGCAAGAAGCACGAGAGGAUCCACACCGGCGAGCGGCCAUAUGUGUGCGAGGUGUGCGACAAGGGAUUCGCCUACGCUCACGUUCUGUCUGUCCAUCGGCGGACGCACACCGGCAAGAAGCAGUUCCAGUGCACGCAGUGCGACAAGGGGUUCACCAAGAAGAGCUAUCUUUCGGCGCAUAUGGACCAGCACCGUAGUUCGGGCAGCGGCGAGGCAUCGGGCUCAUCGUCAUCCGCUGAUGCAUCCAAUCGCCACCAGCGUAAUUCCACCCGGAAAGAGUCUGCGCGCAGGGAGCAGAUGCGCAAGCAACAACAAAUCCCCGAGGCCUUCUCGCUGGAUUCCGUCGUGCUGGAGCAGACCAAGGUUCUCGAGGAGUGCAUCGUGGCGAAUGACUUUAUGUUUAACGAUGAGGACAACGCGGAGGAGGAGGCCGUUGACGGCGAGGAGCUGCAACAUGACGAUCCAUACCCGUACGUCGAUGGCUACCAAAGCGUUCACUCUGUCAAGGAACUGGUCGGCGAUCUGCUGGACACCGAGGAAUUUGGUGACGAAUCCAAGUACAUGAUAGACUAGUAUUACUACCGGGACAACUCACCGCACUACUAAGAGGCGGUCUCCACACAACGAGGGCCCCAAACUUCCCCACCCCGUAGUUUUUAGACAACAAAGUUUAGAAGCGUAACUCUAAGAAAUCGGUGUAAAUAAAAUGGAAAGAUAUUCGGAUAGAAAGCUUACAAA